UCUCUACAGAAUCAAAGUUACAAGGCCCAUGGAUUGUCCAAAGGAAAAGAGCGAGAGCAGAGAACGUUAAUCCGUUUCAAGACCACACUCAUGAACACUCUCAUGGAUGUCCUUCGCCACAGGCCCGGAUGGGUGGAAGUGAAAGAUGAAGGUGAGUGGGAUUUCUACUGGUGUGACGUCAGCUGGCUUCGUGAGAACUUUGACCACACCUACAUGGAUGAGCACGUGCGGAUCAGCCACUUCCGGAACCACUACGAGCUUACCAGAAAGAACUACAUGGUAAAGAAUCUCAAGCGUUUCCGGAAGAUGCUGGAGCGCGAAGCCGGGAAGGUAGAGGCAGCCAAGUGUGACUUCUUCCCCAAAACCUUUGAGAUGCCCUGUGAGUACCAUCUGUUUGUGGAGGAGUUCCGAAAGAACCCCGGAAUCACCUGGAUCAUGAAGCCCGUCGCCCGAUCUCAGGGGAAGGGCAUCUUUCUCUUCCGGAAACUGAAGGACAUCAUGGACUGGAGGAAGGGCACUGUGGGAAAGAAGCUCACCAUUGUGGAGGCGCAGCCUGCCCGUGCCAACACGAACCCCUCAGGCAGCCAUGACCCAAGGAGUUCUGAUGACCAGAAAGAUGAGAUACCAGUGGAGAACUAUGUGGCUCAGCGUUAUGUGGAAAACCCCUACUUGAUAGGAGGCCGAAAGUUUGACCUGCGAGUCUAUGUCUUGGUUAUGUCGUACAUCCCUCUGCGGGCUUGGCUGUACCGAGAUGGCUUUGCCAGAUUCUCCAACACCCGCUUCACACUGAACAGCAUCGAUGACCAUUACGUUCACCUCACCAAUGUUGCUGUGCAGAAGACAUCUCCUGACUACCACCCCAAAAAGGGUUGCAAAUGGAUGCUCCAGCGCUUCCGACAGUACCUGGCAUCCAAGCACGGUCCAGAGGCCGUAGUGACACUCUUCAGUGACAUGGACAACAUCUUCAUCAAGAGCCUGCAGAGCGUGCAGAAAGUGAUCAUCAGUGAUAAGCACUGCUUUGAGCUGUAUGGCUAUGACAUCCUCAUUGACCAGGACCUCAAGCCGUGGCUCCUAGAAGUCAAUGCAUCUCCUUCGCUGACAGCCAGCAGCCAGGAGGACUACGAACUGAAGACCUGCCUGCUGGAAGACACCCUGCACGUGGUGGACAUGGAGGGCAGACUCACAGGAAGGGAAAAGAGAGUCGGGGGCUUCGACCUCAUGUGGAAUGAUGGCCCUGUCAGCAGAGAGGAGGGGCCUUCUGACCUCACAGGGUUGGGAAACUUUGUGACCAACACACGCUUAGGUAUGAGUCAGACAGAAAGUGAGUGGGACAGAGGCACCAUGGGAGGUGUGGGUGGACUGGGGCAGCUUGGCAUAGCAGUGAGAUCAUGUAAAUCCAAUCUGCAGCAUACCAGCUGUGUGACUCAGGCAAGCAGCUUGCCCUCUCUGUUCUUCAUCCAUAACAUACAGAUGAGUAGUGUCUUACAGGCGGUGUGCCCAACUGCAACCUGGGGACCCCAUGAACCGAAUGCCCAACACAAAAUUGUAUACUCAAAGAUAUUUAUGAGAUUUUUCUGUGAGAGGGAGAGAGAGAGAGAGAGAGAGAGAGAGAGAGAGAGAGAGAGAGAGAGAGUUUUUUCACAAUUAUCAAGUGUGAACUUUGUAGAUGACAAUGUCUAGUCACAAUGUUAAGAAGUUGGACACUCCUGGUGAGAGAUUACUGAGUCAUCAGAAGGGGGAUUUCAAGACUCAGGCAGAGAACAAAUUAUCAUUAGAAAAGUUAAAGACUGCAGGAGUCUGCGAUAAAGUUAGUAUAUAAAAUGUGAAAAAAUUUCCAAUUAUAGCAAUUCACACUCAUUGUAGAAUAUUUGAAAACUAAAGAAGGAAAUUUUAAAACACAUCCAGACAUAACCAUCAUUAACAAUCUGGUGUUUCCUUCCAGUUUUAAAAAAUGCAUAUAUUCAUAUUUUUAUAAAUCUGGCACCAGACUGGCAUUUGGAGUCCCGCUUUCCACGUGGCAUCCCUCCAUUCAGGAAUACAAAGGCCCUCCCAUGGGAAGCAUGUGUUAGCCAGGGCUGGGCUAAGUGUGUACCUGCAUUACCACAUUUCAUAUGGUAGCUUCUGUGAUCCCGCCAUGGGGGAGGAAAUGGUCUCCAAAGGUUGCACAGACUGCAGAAGGCUGUUGUCAUGGUGAUGGGUCAGCUUGAGCCCUAACCCCUGAAUCCUGACCUCUAGACUCUCCUAGUCCCAGAAAAGUUACAAAGUGGUUACCGCAUAGCUGCAGAGCAUUUCUUGUGUGCCAGCAUUUACCAAGCUUAUUUCUUAUCAAUGGGCAUUUGGCACAAUUUCAUCUUUUUACUUUUCCAGAGAACAUCAUUGUGAACAUCCUCUCCUGUGAAACCCACUGAAACUAUUUCCUUCUAGAUCCAGGGAAGUAGAGUCACUGGGCCAAAGGGGCAGACUAACUAGAUAACUAGAAAGGAAUCCAAGCCUUCACCCCUUAGUGAAUUCAUUAUUAUUUUAUGGGGAUUCCAUUGCUUUCUGAGGCGCCUUCAGUUUUUGUCUUUCUUCUUUUGUAAGCUUUUUAUUUUUAAUAAUAAAUAGACUACUUUUAUGGAAAAAUAACAUGAACCAAGUUCUUACAGGAAAUUAAUUUUUUGUGUGUGUGG